AUGUGGUAUGUCAUCAAUGAUGGUCCAAUGAAGAUUCUGAAGGUCAGUACAGCCAAAACCUCAAUUGAUGGUUCUCCUGAGAUGAGGGAGAAGUCAAGAUUUGUGUGGACUGCUGAAGAUAAGAGGAAGGCCAACCUCGACAAUGUGACCAAAGAUUUCUCUACAAGACGUUGGACAAGAACAUGUUCUACCAGAUUAAGUCAUGCUCUUACCAAAGAAAUUUGGGAGAAGAUGACCCAACUUUGUGAAGGCAACGAUCAAACCAAAGAAAAUAAACUAAUGGUUGCCACACAGAAGUUUGACAGCAUUAAGAUGCAUCCUAGAGAGAUAAUGACUGAAUUUGAUGAACGAUUCAGAAACAUAGUCAUUGAGCUCUUGACUCUGGGGAAGACUUACAGCAACAAAGAGGUUGUUAUCAAAGUGAUGAGAGCCUUACCUAAAGAAUGGGACAUCAAGAGAAUGUCAACGAGGGAAUCUAAAUAUCUCAACAAGCUUGAGCUACAUGACUUGUUCGCCGAUCUGAAAACCUAUGAGUUUGAAAUAAACUCAAGCAAUGAAUAA